AUGGCCAAACCAAAAGUCCUCGUUAUCGGUUGUGGUGCGACAGGCCUUACUCAUGGCUACCAAUUUUCUGCUGGAAAUGAAGUGACUUUCCUCGUUCGACCUGGUCGGAAGUCUGCCUCCCUCCCGCCAAAGAAGAUCUAUAACUACGAGGAAGACACGCUGCAUACCUUCUCCGACUACCGAGUCAUCGAGUCAACAGCCGAAGUACAAAACACAGAGUUCUUCCUUGUAUUCAACACACUUGAUAUGCAUACUGCACGCUCCGAAAGUGGUGCUGCUACGCUGCGCUCCGUUGGCGACAUGAUUCGAGGAACAUCGUCGUUUCUUGUUCACAAUGUUGCUGGUCCCGGGAUGCUAGACUUUUACGCAGACACAAUGGGAAUUCCAAAGGACAGGCACAUGCUCGCUCUCAGCAUGCUUGCUCACCAGCCAACAACCAAGAUCUCCUUCCCAGAACGUGCAGACAAGGCCGUAAUAUCCCAGGCAGACAUGCUAUAUAGACCCCAUGCUGGAGGCAUCGGGCUCAUAGCGUUCAAGUCCAAAGCACAUCUCGACGAAAAACUCUCUGAGGUUUAUUCUCAUGAUGGCAGGCUCAAAGUCUUGACUGUACCUGGAUUCCUCGAAGCAUACAUUGACGUGGCCAUGGUACAAACGACUGCGUGGUUCGUCGAUGGUUUCCAUCCGCUUGAUCAAUUUCGUUCAAACACAAUGCCUUGGGAGCUUAUGGUGCGUGCUCAAAGAGACGUCUUCUCCUUGCCUAAAUUCGGCUGGCUCGGGUGGGUGCUACGGUGGUUGAUUGGGUCAUGGGUCACUGAGAAGUACCUGUUUCGACCUUUGGCGGAUCUGGCAGCGCCUUUUCCAAUGCAUGAGUUUCAAUCUUUUCAUCAUGGAGGUAAGGUAGUACAACAGGACCUGGAGUACAUAAAGGGUUUAGUAGAGGAGGGCAAAAAGGCAGGAAGGAAGAUGUUAGCGCUGGAGGAGUUGGCAACUAAAGUAGAGAAGAAACUGGCAGCAACAAUAACCGAGGAGAGAAAGAAACUGUAA